UAUAAAAACUGCACCAAAACUCAGAACUUCACUGCUACCCGGUAAGACAGGUUGUAAAAAAAAGAUGAACACCAUCCAGGUGAUUUCCCUGACCCUGCUGUCCGUUCUGGUGGCCAACGCUCAGUUCAUCAUGCCAGGAAGAUGCCCCAAGCCUGCUGUUCAAGAGGACUUUGAUGCUACCAGGUAUGUUGGUAAGUGGUAUGAUAUCCAGAGACUGCCAAAUACCUUCCAGAAGGGGGAGUGCGCCACGGCCACCUACACCUUGAGCCCUGGAUUUGGAUUUGGUGCUCUCAACAGAGAGCUGCUUGCUGAUGGGACCAUUAUAUCCGUCAUUGCCUCUGCCAUAGCAGAAGAUCCCUCUGAGCCUGCUAAGCUGCAGAUCUUUUAUGAGAACGAUGCCCCUGUUCCUUACUGGGUGCUGUCCACCGACUACGACAACUACGCUCUGGUCUACAGCUGCAUUGAACUCGGGGCGAUGCAUGCGGCACAUGCCAGUAUCUUGAGCAGGCAGCCCACCCUGCCUGAGGAGACAAUCAAGGAGCUACAUGGCACCCUGUCCUCUUUUGGAGUCGGAGUGGAUAAGCUGCUCACCACCAACCAGGAUACAGCUUCCUGCAGCGCCAUGAACCAGUAAACAGAUUGAGAUAGUCUCUACAGAUUGUGGUGCAUUGUGGUGCUUUUGAUUGUACUUUCACUGUUUGUUUCAAACUAAGUCAAUAAUGCAAUAAACUUAUUUUAUCGGCA